AUGCUUCUGCUUUCCCUCACCAAACUCGGUCUGCUCGCCGGAGCGGCAACCGCCGCGUCCCUCAAGGUCGUCAAGAUCGGGACAACGCCAGACGGCAGCACUGCUCCAAUCCGCGGCUGGAACUCAUGGGGCACCCAGGCAGGCAAGUACCUCAGUGACGCGGACUACAACGAGGGCCACGUCCGGGGAAUAUGCGACAGACUGGCAAGCGACUUGAGGGGCAACUACCAGCUGUGCGGCCUGGACUCUGGCUGGUCCGUCGGCGACCACGGAGACGAGUACGGCCGCAUCAACUACGAUGAGAGCAAGUUUGUCAUCCCUCGCUUCGCCAGCUACCUGCACAGCAAGAAGCUCCUCAUGGGCAUCUACAUCGUCCCGGGCGCGUUCCUCAACGACUUCAACAAGACCAUCGAGGGCACCAACACCAAAAUCAGCGAGAUCUGCGGCGCAACCAACGGCCUUGCCAGAUGCCGAUUGAAGUACGACCAUCCAGACACGCAGAAAUGGAUUGACUCGAACGCGAGGCAGUUUGCGAGUUGGGGCGUCGACUACAUCAAGCUCGACUACAUCACGCCCGGCUCCAACGACAAUGGCGUCGACCUCCCACCCGACGAGAGCCCCGAGGUGCAGAUGUGGCACAAGGCCAUCAAGAAGACGGGCCGCAAGAUGACGCUUGCCAUCUCGUGGAAGCUCGACCGCACCAAGCCCUACUUCGACAUCUGGCGCACCAACGCCGACUCGGUGCGCGUCGACCAGGACAUCCAGUCGUACUCGCGCACGCCCUUCACCGACUGGUCGCGCGUCCUGCGCACGCUGACCAACUACCUCGAGUGGAUCAACGCCGCCGUCGCCAACUACAAGACCAUCGGCACGCACCCCAACCUCGACACCAUGUACGUCCUCAACGACGGCAGCCUCAGCGGCCUGAGCCUGGACCAGCGCCGCUCCGUCUUCAUCCACUGGAUCGGCGCCUCGGCGGAGCUGAACCUCGGCGACGACCUCGAGCAGCCCGACGCGGAGGGCCUGGCGCUGCUCAACGACGGCGACGCCCUCGCUGCGGCGAGCUUCACGGCAAACUACCCCAUGCAGCCACGCAACCCGGGAUCCGGCGGCAACGCGUGGCUCGCGCAGAACGCAUGGAUCGCGGGGCCUGCUCCGUCGGGCGAGUUCAUUGCCGUGCUGGCAAACUACGACGACGCCGGCACGAAGACGGUGUCUGCGUCGUUUGGAGACCUCGGCGUCUCGGGCAAGUACUCGUGCUUCGACGUCUUUGGCAAAAAGUCCCAGACCACGAGCUCGGGGCUGAGUGCCAGUCUCAACGGGGGACAGAGCGUCAUGUUUCGCUGCACUCGCGCUAAACGCCGGGUGUGA